AUGAUUAAUAGUGAAAUAAAACUGACUAAAUUACUUUUAAAAAAUAAAAGUCAUGAUCAAUCACAAAAUGAUUUAAUCGGAAUAUUUCGAGGUCUUUCAAUACAAUUAUAUGGAACAAACAAAAAAACGUGUCAAAAAUUGACAGAACAAAUCGGAAAAAAUAUAGAUCGUAAUAGUACCACAGCUUUAUUUUCAUUUGGAAGAUUAGGUCCAAAUUCUAUCUCUUUUAGCGCAAGUUCUGAAUAUUGUUUCAAUCAACGUAAAACUAUAUUAAUUCAUGUAAUAAAUAAUAAUAUCGAAUAUUUAUCUCAAAUCGCUUAUCGAAAUACAAAAAAUUUAUUUAUAAAAAAUGAAUCAAAUCAAAUCAUUAAUAUUUCAGAACUUUUAACUGAAUGGACUCAAAAUACCACUGGUGAAUUUAUAUGGGGCAAAGAUAUCACAAACUAUAAUGUUAAUAUUCUUGGUUCUAAUUAUAAUUUAGAAAAAAUGUGGAUAAUGAAAUCAUUAGAUAAAAGUUUUCAAGACUUGUAUAAACAUUCUAAAAAGAUUUGGAAUAGAAUUUAUUUUCCUCUAUCAAAAUGGCCUAUAACAAUAAAUUCAUGCCGUCUUUUAUAUAAUGUCAAAAUCAUUCAAAAUAAAAUAGAACAAAUCAUGAAAUCUCAAUUAGCAAACGAAACAAAAUCAAUAGCUAUGGAUAUUUAUCAUAAAAAUAUCAAAUUUAAUAUCUCUAUUAAUUCUAUACGAGAUGAUUUAAUCAUUACAACAUUAUCAGGCUUGAAUAUAAUCAAAUUAACGAUAAUGUCUAUUCUUUAUCAUUUGCUCGAUGAAAAAAAUAAAAAAUGGAAAGUUUUGGUUUUAAAUGAAAUUAAAUCUAUAUUCGGAAAAGAACUAAAUUCAUCAAAAUUCGAAUAUAAAAAAUUAUCAGAAUGCAAAAUAUUAAAUGAUGUAAUAUUUGAAGUUUUACGCUAUGAAUCAGCAAAUUCACUACUUAAUAACCAAUCUAUAAAUGAUUUUGAUCUAAUUAUUGAUGACAAAAUAUAUAAAAUAAAAAAAGGAACGUAUAUCAUGUCCAAUAUAUAUCUCAUUCAUCAUGAUGAUUCUUCUUGGCCAGAUCAUGAUAAACCGUUAGAAACAUUUGAUCCAUCUAGAUUUAUUGAUAAAAACAUCAUAAAUUCUAAUUUCUUUCUACCUUUUGAAUGUAAUUUGUUAUUUAAACAAGAUAUCGAUACAAUCAAUUUUACUUUAACAAGUAAUGUAAAUUUUGAUAUUAUUCCAAAUAAACAUAAUACCUUUUCACGAGAAAUAAUACAAAUGUUAAAUGAUUCUAUUGGACAGAAAUCAUAUGUAGAAGUUUAUCCUCUUCAUAAUUAUAUUGAUAAUAUUGAUUAUGGUGUAGUUAUUUUUGGAAAUCAAGUAGGUGGAUAUAAAAGAAUAAUAGUUCGUGGAAUCAAAGCAAAAUAUAUUAAUAAAAUACAUGUUGAAUUAAUAAUUUCGAUAUUGAUAAGAAGAUUAGGUAGAAAUUGGAGAAAAAAAUUAGUUAUAGUUUGUCGAGAUGAUGUAAUUGUAAAGGAUGAAGCUAGAUUAAAUAAAGUAGUUUUUAUUCGUUUAUCAGAUAUGUUAUAUUUUUUUAGUCUUGAAAUAUAA